AACCUUCACAAUGCUUUCAGAAUUACUCGAAUCAGACAAAUCUCUGAAAUUCUUAUCCUACGCCGAUGAUUUUGUAAUAAUAAAGGAACUUAGCAGGCUGAACCAACCGAUCAUCGACCUUAACAAUACGAUAUGCGCUAUAGAAGACUGGUGUAACUAUUCCGGAGCGGAACUGUCAAUAGACAAAUGUAAGCAUCUCCACAUUUGCAGAAAACGAAACUGCAGUCCAGUUCUAAACUGCAACAACUACUCUAUAUGUCCAGUGAACAAAUUAAAAAUACUAGGCAUAACCUUCAACAGCAAGUACAAAUGGGAUUCCCACAUAGAGGAAUUAAGCACAUCGCUCUCAAAAAGGCUUAACAUUAUUAAAUGUUUGUCAAACAAAAACUAUUCUUGCGAUACCUCUACACUUAUCACUAUAACACGUUCUGUCAUUGUUUCGAAAAUCUCAUAUGGUAUAUAUCUUUACGGAUACACCUCCAAAGCCCUUCUCAAUAAAAUCAAAACUACAUAUAAUUCUGCCGUGCGUUUAUCGCUAGGUGCACACCGCACUACAAAAAUUUUUAAUUUACUAUUCGAAGCUAACCUGAAGACUAUUGAAGACUAUAGAGAUAUUGCUACAGCCCAGCUGAUUAAAACAAUUUUAUUUAAUGAUAAAACCCCCCUCAUGCAAAUGCUUAAUAAAGCUUUGAAAACUAAGAAAUUUUAUAAAACAGACUCCGCUAUUGGGCGUAUUGUUUCCGCCUGUAAAUCCUACAACCUACCUUUCAACUACCCCGCUCCCAAGACGAAUAACCCUUAUUGGAGGUUCAAUCCAGCAACAUUAGAUACAUCCCUACGAAAGUAUUCAAAGGAGCAUACAAUCCCACAUCUUUAUGUAGCUGAAUUUCAGAAUAUUUGCACCAAACUGCAGAACUAUAGUUUCAUUUUCACAGAUGGUUCUAAAAUUAACAAUGUUACAAGUUAUAGUCUAGUUACCGACAAGAGAAUUAUCAAGACAUCUCUUCUUCCAGAAUAUAGCUCAGUUUUCUCGGCUGAAAUAAUCGCAAUUCUUGAAGCUAUCAAGUUCGCAAAGAGAUCUAAAGGCAAUUUUGCUAUCGUCUCUGAUUCAUUAUCUGCCUUGGACUCUAUAGCGAACCAUAACAGCCUAAAAGCAUUGCUUUUGCAUAAUGAUGGAUCGCUUCCUUUGCUACCAUUGGCUUACGCUACAAACAUCAAAGAAUCAUAUGACAGUAUGUCUCUUAUACUAAAUAGGAUACACUUCACAUAA